AUCGAUCGCGGCUGCGUCAGAAUUCUCGCGGAGUAUAAAUAGGGGUGGCAGGACCGCGCCGAGCCGCACACAGCCAUCCACCCUCCCUCCACCCUUCCUCCCCCGUUCUUCUUUCUCUGUAGGACCCCGUCUCUGCCGCCAGCAGAGGAGCGCCGGCCGCCGCGAUGAGUUCCUUCAGCUACGAGCCGUACUACUCAACCUCCUACAAGCGGCGCUACGUGGAGACGCCCCGGGUGCACAUCUCCAGCGUGCGCAGCGGCUACAGCACCGCGCGCUCCGCGUACUCCAGCUACUCGGCGCCCGUCUCCUCGCUGUCCGUGCGCCGCAGCUACUCGUCCAGCUCUGGCUCCUUGAUGCCCAGUCUCGAGAACCUCGACCUGAGCCAGGUAGCCGCCAUCAGCAACGACCUCAAGUCGAUCCGCACGCAGGAGAAGGCGCAGCUGCAGGACCUCAACGACCGCUUCGCCAGCUUCAUCGAGCGCGUGCACGAGCUGGAGCAGCAGAACAAGGUCCUGGAAGCCGAGCUGCUGGUGCUGCGGCAGAAGCACUCGGAGCCGUCGCGCUUCCGGGCGCUGUACGAGCAGGAGAUCCGAGACCUGCGCCUGGCGGCGGAAGACGCCACCAACGAGAAGCAGGCGCUGCAGGGCGAGCGAGAGGGGCUGGAGGAGACGCUGCGCAGCCUGCAGGCGCGCUACGAGGAAGAGGUGCUGAACCGCGAGGACGCCGAGGGCCGGCUGAUGGAGGCGCGCAAAGGUGCCGACGAGGCGGCCCUCGCCCGCGCUGAGCUCGAAAAGCGCAUCGACAGCCUGAUGGACGAAAUCGCCUUUCUGAAGAAGGUGCACGAAGAGGAGAUCGCCGAGCUGCAGGCGCAGAUCCAAUACGCUCAGAUCUCCGUGGAGAUGGACGUGUCCUCCAAGCCCGACCUCUCCGCCGCGCUCAAGGACAUCCGCGCCCAGUACGAGAAGCUGGCUGCCAAGAACAUGCAGAACGCCGAAGAAUGGUUCAAGAGCCGCUUCACCGUGCUGACCGAGAGCGCCGCCAAGAACACGGACGCGGUGCGCGCCGCCAAGGACGAGGUGUCCGAGAGCCGCCGCCUGCUCAAGGCCAAGACCCUGGAGAUCGAAGCAUGCCGGGGCAUGAACGAAGCGCUGGAAAAGCAGCUGCAAGAGCUGGAGGAUAAGCAGAACGCCGACAUUAGUGCUAUGCAGGACACAAUCAACAAAUUGGAAAAUGAGUUGAGAACCACAAUGGCACAAUAUUUAAAAGAAUACCAGGACCUCCUCAAUGUGAAGAUGGCUUUGGACAUUGAGAUUGCAGCGUACAGGAAACUCUUGGAAGGUGAGGAGACCCGGCUCAGUUUCACCAGCGUGGGAAGCAUGGCCAGCGGCUACUCCCAGAGUUCCCAGGUCUUUGGCCGAUCUGCCUACGGUGGUUUACAGACCAGCUCCUACUUGAUGUCCGCUCGCUCCUUCCCUUCUUACUACACCAGCCACGUCCAGGAGGAGCAGAUCGAGGUGGAGGAGACCAUUGAGGCUGCAAAAGCUGAGGAAGCUAAGGAUGAGCCCCCCUCUGAAGGAGAAGCUGAAGAGGAGGAGAAGGAGAAGGAAGAGGCUGAGGAAGAGGAAGGAGAGGAAGAGGAAGAAGGUGCCAAGGAAGAAUUUGAGGACGCCAAGGAGGAAGAAGGAGGUGAAGGUGAAGGAGAAGAUGCCCAAGAAGCUGAGGACGAGAAGAAAGAGGAAGGUGCUGGGGAGGAGCAAGCAACCAAGAAGAAAGAUUGAGCCCCCCCCUCCCCCCUUCCCUUAACUAUUUCAGGAAUAACCCUCCCGAAACCUGGUCAACCCCAUCACCAACCAAGCAGCUGAGUUCCCGAUACUAUAUGAAUUAAGAAGUCAAUCUAUGUAACAUUCUGAGGUGACUCAGGUUGGACAUUAAAUGUUGUGCUAUGACUUUUCUCCUUAUGCAGAGUAUCUGUUUGCUUGCAGAGUGGCUUCCUGGCUUGCUGCCAGCCUGUGCAUGGUCCACGCUUAUGAGUUCAGGAUCUAUGGCAAUGUGAAUAAUUCAGACGUUUACAAUAAAAACACAUGAAUACAUGAAUUCACUAAUGUUAACGUUAAACUUCGUGGAAAAAAUAGUCCUUUGAGUCUUCGGUGGUUAGAAAUGAAAGACCUCAAAUCAUGUGCAAUAAACAGUAAAUAAAGUUACACUGAAUGACAUUUUUUGCUGUGAUUAUUGACUUUUAAACUAUCUUACAGAAGGCAUCAAUAUAGGUCAUAUGCAAGUGGACUGUUGACCUCCAUUUUUUAAGUCAAAAAUUUAACAAUACAAUGUAUUUUUGCCCUUUAAUUGGUCAUUCUGAGGGAUACAGUUAGGCCAUGAUCAUUCAUGAAAUCUCUCCCCUCAAAAUUUUUAUUGAUACUAAACUUGAGCAAUUGGGAGUCCCUGGGAUUCUUUUUCUUUUAUCAAUAGCAAACUACUUUUCCCCCCAUAAAAUGUACUAUAUAAUGUUGGGAAUGACUUUCUUGGAGGCAAUUCUGAAGUUAUGUGAUAAGUAUACUGUUUAUGGUAAACAGGUAACUUAAACAAUACUAUAUAAUAAAAAUGCAAUUUAGAGAGAAUUUGAGUCUUGCCUGUCCAUCAUUAUAACCACAUUAAAAUAUAUAGUCUAAAUAUCAUGGGAAAAAGUUGAAAAACCAAGUAAAUGAUAGAAUCAAAAGGAGUAAUUUUUUUUAUCAAUGUAUAAAUUUGGACAGAGACUAAGAAUAUCAAAAGUUAUUUCGAUAUUAUUAUUGCAAACAUGUUGCCUGCAAUCCUGAACUCAUGAUUCAGUGUGUUGCUAGCUUAAUUCUGUUGCCUCAAGUAAAUAGCAUUUAAUGCCACCCAUUUUAAAACUUUAAAAAACUACAGAUACAGAAAAUGAAAUUGUUAUGAGUCACUAUUUCAAUGAUAGCUCUAACUGGUUGGACACCACAUCACAUACACACCCCACUCGUCCUCCGUCCGCUGCAAAGUUAUGAAAGCUCCUGCACUUGCACUUGAUGUGGAAUGUUGAUGAAAUUAUUGAUUAUCCGCUGUUCUGCUUCUGUUCUUACACAAUUGCUUUGUCAGCUAAUUUUGUUGAAUAUUUGUUCUUUAGACAACUUUUAAAAGUAAUGAAUUUAAACUGAAAGCGAAGUGGUCUCCUUUUAAAGUUAUCUGAUCCCUUCUCAUUACCUACUUCUAGUUACAUACAUUUUGCCACAUAAAUAGGUAGAAUAUAUUGCUUUAUCUGCCAUGAUGCUAUGGAUGUGAACCUAUGAAGAUUCUCAGUACAUCGGCUUCUGUAAAAACUAGGAGUCACCUCAGAAACCAAGCUUUUCACAUUUAUGUUCAUUAAACAUGGGAUGCUGCACAUGGUAAAUCUGAGAGAUGCAAAUUACAUGUAAAAAAGUAACUUUAGCCAAAUGGAAACAGCUGGUUGGUUUAAGAAUUACUUGAAGAAUAAUGUACCAUACUCAAUCCUGUGUGCCAUAAUAAAAUACUGAAAAACCUAAA